CAUUCCCACAUUUCUUCCUCGGCGAACCCACCGCCGCCGCCGCCGCCGGCUCACCGUAACCCGCCCCUGCUACUUCCUACCCAUGGCAAUGGCGUCACGCCGCGCCCUCCACCUCCUAACUUCUUCCCGGGGCAUCUCCUCGACCCCGCAUCUUGCCUCCCUCGGCUGGUUCGACAAGAUCAAGACCACCGUCACCGACAAGAUCAAGACCACCAUCACCGGCCAUGACGAAUCCUUGAGCUCCUUCACGCUCCUCAAGUACGCGGAUGCGAUGGGCAGGAUGCCGAAGGACUCCUUCGCAGCGACCUUCAAGAACACCCACAAGGCCGCCGCCGCCGCCGCCGCCCACGAGAGGCACUCCGCCGUGCUCCGUUACCUCGGCGCCAUCGACCCAACCGGCGAGAAACUGAAAACCAGCGACAAAAUUAGUGCCAGCGAGCACUGCAAGUGCAGCGUCGCCGACGUGGAGAACGCACUGGCCAAGUACACGUGGGCGAGAGAGGCGCACAAGGUUGCGUUGAAGUUCAAAGAGGAAGGGAAGCCCAUUCCAAGGUCGCAGAGUGAGAUUCAAAAGCAUAUGGACAAGACGCCGUUGGAUGUUUUCAGAUCUAACCUGGCAAAGAGUGAUCAAAUAAGCAGGAAUGCUCUUUGCCCAUGCGGUUCAAGGAAACGAUAUAAAAGGUGUUGUGGAGCUGCCUGAGGUGAAACUCCUUUGCGCUGAUGUAGUUCGCUCCGUAAUGAUGAAGAAAAGUAUGGUGUGACUCUUCACCUGGACAGCAGGCCUGCCCCGGUAUUGUUGCAAACCUGGCUGCAAAACAUGUAAAGCGCCAUAAGCGGCUCUGUGUUAUGAGGGGAGAACCAUUCUCCUAAACGGUUGAUUUACUGUCAGCAUAUAACUAACUAAUUGGAGAAAUUUCGUUUGUAGUAUCUGGUAUAACUAACCUGUUAUACGACAUGUUUUGAAAAGGCCCGCGAAGUUACAAUGCAUA